GCUAGAGCAUGUGUCGGUUUUGAUAUGCUCGCGACACGGAUUACCUUGUAAUCAUCCUUUUUCGAUAAUGGCAUUUUAUUGAAUGUUUUUGAUUCAGGCCACUGAGGGGUGUGGGCGAUGAAUUCGAAUAGUUGAGGGUGGAAAAUAUUGCAUGCUGCGCAUUGGAUCUUUACAGAGCAUGACAAGAUACAAUGUCUUGGAAAUUCGAUUUAUGCUCAAUUAUAAUUCCACGAGACUCCGUGCAACGUUGUUCAAAGCUCCAUGUCAUCAGACUGGGUAUCAAGGAUUUGUUCAGUCGUCUCUAAUGAAAGGAAUAUACUUUGCCAUUGAUUGUUUAGGAACUCAAUGAGAUCCUUUCACGACCGUGGAAAUAUCUGCACAUAGCUCCAGUACCCUACAUAGUUUAUCAGUAGCACCUACCUGUACGAAGGCGUUUCCUCAGUAAUCCGCUGAGUUAGUGAGCUCUCCAGGGUGCUGAAAUGGGUUUCUCGGCAGCUCGGGUUUCUCAAUGGACGGUGUGUUUGGAUAUGCUCAGGACGCUGUGUUCCCAAAUCAUGGUCACUGGGUUAAACGUGGAUAUACUGAGAGACAGCCAACGUUCCUGCUCAACUGCCAGGAGCAGAUAGUAUGCCCGCGUAGCUGGCGCCGCUCACGUGCUGCGGGAUAUGGCAAGCGUAAAGAUGGCUUUCCUCAUGCUCCUGUGUCUCCCGACACUAUUCUUUGAUGUACUCGUGCUGUCCCACAAAAGCAGCAUCUUUGAGCGAUCGGCGGUCCCGCGGGCCACUCCCCGCUCCGUGGCCCGGAUGGAUGGAGACGUGAUAAUCGGGGCCCUCUUCUCCGUCCACCACCAGCCGUCCGCCGAAAAAGUGGCCGACCGAAAGUGCGGGGAUGUCCGUGAGCAGUAUGGCAUCCAGCGGGUGGAGGCCAUGUUCCACACCCUGGACCGGAUCAACGCCGACCCUUUCCUGCUCCCCAACAUCAGCCUGGGCUGUGAGAUCCGGGACUCCUGCUGGCACUCCUCUGUGGCCCUGGAGCAGAGCAUCGAGUUCAUCCGGGAUUCCCUCAUCUCCAUCCGGGACGACAAGGACGGCUCCAAGUGGUGCAUCGACGGGACGCCAUCUAACCAGCCCCCGCCCUCCAAGAAGCCCAUUGCUGGGGUGAUCGGGCCGGGCUCAAGCUCCGUGGCUAUCCAGGUGCAGAACUUGCUGCAGCUCUUCAACAUCCCCCAGAUUGCUUAUUCCGCAACCAGUAUCGACCUGAGUGACAAGACGCUCUUUAAGUACUUCCUGCGGGUCGUGCCUUCUGACACGCUCCAGGCCAGGGCCAUGCUGGACAUAGUCAAGCGCUACAACUGGACCUAUGUGUCUGCGGUGCACACAGAGGGAAACUAUGGGGAGAGUGGCAUGGAGGCCUUCAAGGAGCUGGCCUCCCAGGAGGGUCUGUGCAUCGCCCACUCUGACAAGAUCUACAGCAACGCCGGGGAGAAACACUUUGACCGCCUGCUUAAGAAACUCCGUGAACGUCUGCCCAAGGCCCGCGUGGUGGUGUGUUUUUGCGAGGGCAUGACCGUGCGCGGCCUCCUCAUGGCCAUGAGACGUCUGGGUGUGGCUGGAGGAGAGUUCCUCCUCAUUGGCAGUGAUGGAUGGGCAGAUCGAGAUGAGGUGGUGGAGGGGUACGAACAGGAAGCUGAAGGUGGGAUCACCAUGAAGCUGCAGUCAGAGGAAGUAAAGUCAUUUGAUGACUACUUCCUGAAGCUGCGUUUGGACACCAACACACGGAACCCGUGGUUCCCAGAGUUCUGGCAGUACCGCUUCCAGUGCCGGCUGGCCGGACAUCAACAGGAGAUUAAGAAAUACAAGAAAGUCUGCUCCGGUGAUCUAGAUCUCCAAGGUGGCAAUGAGAGUCUUCAUGAGAACUACGUCCAGGACAGUAAGAUGGGCUUCGUCAUCAAUGCUAUCUAUGCCAUGGCCCACGGCCUCCAUGACAUGCACAGUGAGCUGUGCCCUGGCCAGCCAGGCCUGUGUGAGGCCAUGGACCCCAUUGACGGCAGCAAGCUGCUGGAGUACCUGCUCAAGACCACCUUCAGAGGGGUGUCAGGGGAGGAUGUGUACUUCGACGAGAACGGGGACACUCCUGGCAGGUAUGACAUCAUGAACCUGCAGAGUGUUGGUGACGGUAGCUAUGACUACCAGCAGGUGGGCUCGUGGCACGAGGGCAUCCUGAACAUCGAUGACUGGAAGCUGUGGAUGAACAACAGCGACAUGGUCCGUUCCGUCUGCAGUGAGCCCUGCUCCAGGGGACAGAUCAAGGUGAUCAGGAAGGGUGAGGUGAGCUGCUGCUGGAUCUGCACCACCUGUAAGGACAAUGAGAUCCUCCGGGAUGAGUUCACCUGUCAGGCCUGUGACCUGGGCUGGUGGCCCGAUGAUGAUCUGGAAGGUUGUGUGCCCCUGCCGCUGAAGUACCUGGACUGGUCAGAUGUGGAGUCCAUCGUGGCGGUGUGUUUGUCCUGCGUGGGCAUCCUGGUCACCCUCUGGGUAACCUUAAUCUUCAUGUUGUACCGCGACACGCCCGUGGUCAAGUCAUCCAGCCGCGAGCUGUGUUACAUCAUCCUGGUGGGCGUCUUACUGGGAUACAUCUGCCCCUUCACCUUGAUCGCCCAUCCCACCGUGACAUCCUGCUACCUGCAGCGCCUCCUAGUGGGCCUCUCGGCUGCCAUGUGCUACUCCGCUCUGGUCACCAAAACCAACCGCAUCGCGCGCAUCCUGGCCGGCAGCAAGAAGAAGAUUUGCACCAAGAAGCCCCGCUUCAUGUCGGCCUGGGCCCAAGUAGUCAUCUCCUUCUUCCUCAUCAGCCUGCAGCUCAUCUUGGAGAUAACCCUGAUCAUCCUGGAGCCGCCCAUGCCCAUCAAGUACUACCCCAGCAUCCGUGAGGUCUACCUCAUCUGCAACACCAGCACGGUGGGAAUGGUGGCGCCGCUGGGUUACAACGGCCUGCUCAUCAUGAGCUGCACCUACUACGCCUUCAAGACGCGCAACGUCCCGGCCAACUUCAACGAGGCCAAGUACAUUGCCUUCACCAUGUACACCACCUGUAUCAUCUGGUUGGCCUUCGUGCCCAUCUACUUCGGCUCCAACUACAAGAUCAUCACCACGUCCUUUUCCGUGAGCCUGAGCGUCACCGUGGCGCUGGGGUGCAUGUUCUCGCCCAAGAUGUACAUCAUCAUCGCCAAGCCAGAGAGGAACGUGAGGAGUGCCUUCACCACGUCCGAUGUAGUCAGGAUGCAUGUGGGAGACGGCAAGGCGGCUCAGCAGAGCAAGAGCAUUCUCAACAUGUUCCGUAGGAAGAAGAACGAAAACGGAAGCACCAAUUCUAAUGGCAAGUCUGUGUCAUGGUCUGAACCAGGUGCAAGACACCCUCAGAGGGGGGGGAAUGUGUGGCACAGACUGUCUGUGCAUGUGAGGAAACAGGAAGCCGGCUCGAAUCAGACGGCGGUCAUCAGGCCCCUAACUAAUGCCCCCGUCGACCCCCACAGCUGCGACCCACACCACCAACAACACAGCCCUGGCACAGACCCCCACCUCCCCCACCCCGGCACCUCGGCUCUGUACAACCUGGCGGAGGAGGAGGACGAGGAAGCACGCCCUCUUUGGAUUGCCCCCCACUCCCACUCUGGAACACUCCACGGGAAGGAUUCGGAGGAGCCACCCUCUUAUUCUCACUUAACCACCAAGCCCUUGCAGGGGGUGAUGGUGGACACGCACAGCUCCAAUAUCCCUGGAUUUAACGACACAAUGGGUGCCUCUGGCACCCAGGCCAGCUCCACCAACCAACCGCUAGGCUUCACCUUCUCUCAGCUUUCCUGCCCCCUGCAAGGUGGGGCUUCUUUUGGAGGGGAAGACCUCAUCUCACCCCUGGAGGGGGCUGAGGGUGAGGCACUGGACCUCCUACACAGCUACACAGAGGAGGAUGACGAGGAGGAGGGAGAAGAGGAGCUGGCUCAGAGUAAGCUGACCCUGGAGGACUCCUUGGCUCUGUCUCCCCCCUCCCCCUUUCGGGACUCAGUGCAUUCUGCCGGGUCGGUUCCCGGCUCCCCCAUCUCUGAGUCGGCCCUCUGCAGCCCCCCGAGCUCUGCCUACUCCUCCAUCAUCCUCCAGGACUUCAGACGGAGCUCCUCCACGCUGUGAGAGCCACCAGGCACUGGCACACACGCACACACACGCACACACCAUGUUACUAAGAUGUAACAUCAACGAUUUGAUCAUUGAUUUGCUUAUUUAUUUAUACAUUGCUCCAUUUGCUCUGUCAUUUGCUUCUUGGAUUAUAUUACAAUACAUUUUAUGUCAUGGGGGAGUUGAAGUGAGAGAAAAUUAAAAUAAAUGGAAUAGUCCAGUAGCAAUCAUGUUUCUCAAGGGCUGUGAGUCCCCACCAACCUUUCUGCAAACUUUGAGACUGGGAUCAGUGCCAAAACUACCCGGCUCUUGUGCCAAAUGGAUUAAGCAAGCUGGCAAUCACAAUGAAGGCUUUAGCUAUAUGAUUUUGUUUUGCAUUUAAAUAGCCUAUGAGACAAAUGGAGGGAAUGCUGUGUAUAAGGUGCUUGGAUCUUAUCCUAUGAUUUCGGUGAGAUACAGGGACCAAGAUCCCACAAUGCACUUCCUGUUUGGUCCAACACUGUGCCUGUGCAGUUGAGCUCAUAUUAUUAUGUGUAGCAGACACUGCUGGAUCAAAAGACUCUCUUUGCCUUUUUUCAUAAAGACUUAGUCCUCAAUAAGAAGUACUCUUCUCAGCUUACCAGUACCUUUACUACUAACCUCAUUGCAGUUCAAACAGUUACUCUCUGAUAAGAAACAAACUCUGUCUAUGAACCGCAGGGUAGGCUACAGUAUAGUAUAUAAGCAGUAUUAUGUGUCUCAGACAAUGCAUACAGGGCCCCAAGGUACUGUAACAUAAUAUGAUGGAGAUUGAAGAUGAGGUAUUUGCCCUGUAUGCAAUACUUUGCAACAUGGUUUUUAUUGUGUCAAUCAAAUGAGUUUUCCAGUUCUCUGCAUUCAUGUUUACUGAUAAGGCAUCUUCAGGAGAUUCUGAGAUUGUGUACAGUAUUUUACAUUACGAGUUGGGCUUGAUUGUAGGCGACUGUGAUGUGAUGACAUUAUACGUUUGAACACAUUCUAUGAAAUCCUGAGACAUGUUUGGUUCACACAGGAUGCUAUGAAGAUCAGAUUCUGUUUUCCAUACUGUGUGUGUGAUGCUAUUUUUAAAAAAUGUUUUCUGAGGUCGCCGUGUCAUUGUAAUGGAAAUAUACUUGUGUAUGUUUUCAAAGUUUGUAAUAUUGUUAAGCCAUCUCUCAUUUUUUUCCACACGGAUGGUAUGUUUGUAAUAUCAGUAAAUGUUUAUAUAUUUAGAAUGUGAAACUAUUUAUACGUUUUAAAACUCGUCUUACAGAUGCUUGUGGAAGAGCUGUGUUGGCAUUGAUUUAGGGCAACUUUUCAAGUCAGCCGUAUCCUCUUGAAAAUAUUCAGUUGUAAAGCAUACCAAUGGAUAGUAGCUUCUUGUGGUAAGAUUAUAUGCGCUUCAAUCUAGUUUAGAUUUUGUAUUAUAAAAUUGCAGUUGCAUUGGUUUACUUGAUCAUACGCUUCUUAGUACUUUAUAAGAAUGCAACUCCAAAGUAUAAAAACACAUAUACAGUAUGUAUAGUUCUAUAGUAUUGUAAUUGUUAUUACAAAAUGUUCUAUUUAGUCUAUUAGUGUAAGUUGUUUGACGAUUUUAACAUUUCUUAAAUGUAAAGUAACAGAAGGAUCACGUUUUACAAGGUCACAGCUAGAAUGAGAUAGGCCUACAUGUUUUUGGCAAGGUGAAAAAAUGCUGUAAAAUAAAAACCUUUUAUAGUAA